AUGUCGUACGCAGUGUCCCUCAGGAUGUGUACUGCAUAUGGAUUCAUUCACUUUUGCAUAUCCCUCGUACACAACAUUUUCAUCGUUUAUCAUGUUCAGGUCUUUGUCUCCAACUUUGCAAUCUCAAAAUUUUCAUUUUGGUUUUCGGAGAUAAUAUUUCUCGUCUGGAAUUCUGUAAAUGACUCCAUUUUCGGUUGGCUCAUCGACAAACACCUUCUUAGUGGGGACCUAACUGACAAAGCUGUUGCUAGUCGGAGGGCUCGGGUUAUCAGCCACUGCGGGCCUUUUCUAGCCCUCGCCUUCACCUCUACUUGGUUUCCUCAGUGGUUACCGAACUUCCCGGGUAUCAGAUUUAUGUUGGUCUUGUGCUGCUACGACUCCGUGAUAACGUUAUUGGAUUUGAUGAAAGGCGCUCUCCUGGCCGACUUGGCUGUGUCACAGUCUGAUCGAUCACGGCUUGGUUGUUCAGCCUCAGUGGGUCAGGCUCUGUCAGCUAUCGGUCUUGUAUUCCACUGUCACUUCAAUAGUAACUUCUUUCCACUAUUCUCAAAAUCACUCCUGGGUCUGGGUCACGAGAACCUCUCCUGUGCAAUAUUGGGGAUGUCUUUUGUGCUGCCGCAUAUCAACAACGUGUUCCUACUGAAAGCCAGUGAGGUCUAUGGAACUUACGUGGUCAUCCGUGACCUUUUUUUCCUCAAAGUCGUUCUUGGCAUUUUCCUCCUGUUUUCAGGCCCCUCCAACUUAAUGGUGAUGAGUCUCUUUUUGGCUAGUAAUCGCGUCUUCACAGAGGGAAUUUGCAGGUUGCUGCCUCAAGUGAUAAGCGACCUGGUGGAUGAGGACUUGGUGCUGAAUCGGCGGCCACAGCCCGUGUCAGCGCUCAUAUUCGGGGCGACGUCGCUGCUAGGUAGACCGGGCCAGAGCUUCGCGCCUCUCGUCGGCUACGCUUUGCUCUCUCUCCUGACCGGUGGAUACAAGGGCGGGGUGAGUGUUGCUGCAGACACCCUGCGCGUCGCCUGCUUCACCCUUGCCUGGUCCCUCGUUCUCCUCGUAGGUCUUGCCCAACUUGCAAUUUGGUCGAGCUAUCGCUUACAUGGCGCCUACCUGGCACGGAUCAAGAAGGAACGGCUCACUAUCACUGGACAAAAAUCGCCCCAUUCCGACAUCUUAAACCUUUCCUCCCCUGUUAUAGGCAUCUGA